GUAUAUAGUAAGUAUCAAGAACCAUUCUCUCCACGAAGCUUCGCGGAAGCUGCCAUGGCUUCCCCUCUUCCUCUUCCCCAUUUAAUACCAUCCUUCCUCGCUCUUUCCUCCUCACACCAAACAACACACUAACAUACACAUCAUCUCCUCUCUCUUCUCUUAUCUUCUCCGCUAUGAAGCUAGCCACUAGCCUCAACUCCAAGUUCCUCCGCCUCAGCCCUAAACGUAUCUUCCGCUCCAAGUCCAAGUCCUCCUCCGUCUCCAGAUCCGAACCUUCGUCCUUCAGCUCCGGUGCUUCUUCCGACGGCUCCUACAGCGACCUCAAGCCAGGUCCCGCCGCCACUCCCAUCAGUGUCCUCCCCGGAGACCACGAUGGUUUUUACUCCGAGCUGAUCCAAGCGUUUAAGCUCAUAGACCGCGACGACGACGGCGUGGUUUCAAGAAGAGACCUAGCCGCGCUCCUUAGCAGGCUGAGUCCUGAACCGCCGAGUCAAGAAGAGGUUACUCUGAUGCUUCAAGAAGUCGAUGGAGGAGGAGACGGUUGUAUCAGUCUCGAGGAGCUUGCUAGCCGCGUGGCGGGAACCUCCUCUGACUCUGAUGAAGGCUCCGUCGAGAUGAGAGAGGUGUUUGAGUUUUUUGACGUGGAUCACGACGGGAGGAUAUCGGCGGAGGAGUUGCAUAGAGUUUUUGGAGUUAUCGGAGACGAGCGGUGCACGUUAGAGGAGUGUGUGCGUAUGAUUGCGACCGUUGAUGGGAACGGUGACGGUUUUGUUUGCUUUGAUGACUUUUGCCGCAUGAUGGAAGCAUCAGGCUCCAGCGAUGAAUGAUCAUCAUUGAGUCAUGUUUGUAUGGUUGAUGAUAAUGACAUCGUUAUGCUCUCCCACAUUAUUUUAUAUUAUUGUAAUUUAUAUAUUCCGGUGGGUAUAAUUUUGUCACGGCAAAGCACUUCAAAUCUUCACCGUAAGUUCUUAAAAUUUAAAAUCAAUCACUAUACAAAGGUGAUAGACCAUCUUUUAUCUUAUGACGCAUUCUCUCUCAAAAAAAUUAAUCACUAUACUAGUGUGUUCCCAUGUUCUAGUUUCUCAGUGUUUCACUUUCAUGAUGGAGUUUAA